AUGACCCCAUCGCCGCUCACCCCGACGCCGCCGUCGCUGACUGCCGACAACCGUCGCCUCCCCGACCCCGAGCCGGCGCACCGCCACCUCGACACCGUCGCUCUGGGCCUCGCCGCUUCGUCCGCGUCCGCGCCGUCGCCGGACUGCCUCGUCCACGUCGCCGUCGUCCGCCUCAUCCUCUCCCUCCUCGGACCAUCCCGAGCCACGCCGCCCCUCUUCCCAGCACCGAACGUGAGGACCCCCGUCUCUCCCCUUCAUCCUAUCACCACCGUGCGCGCCCGCGGGGACCCGGCUGCCGCCGCUCGCCGCGGUCACCCGCGUCGUCGGACCCGGCUGCCGCCGCUCGCCGCGGUCACCCGCGCCCUCCCCCUCGUGCGCUCGCGCUCCCCGCAGCCCGUCCCGCGCUCACCUCCGCCCGUCCCGCGCUCGCCUCACUCCGUUCCCGCUACCGCCAGCCGCUGCUGCCUGAUCCGCCGCCGCGUUGAGCCAACCCCCACGGCACCUUGCUACUGGCUGUCGUGCGUGGACUCUGCGCCCGCUGCCGCUCGCUGUGUGCGCACAUGCGCGUGCACAGCCAGGGGCAGAACCAUUGUUAAACAUAAAUAA